ACCUCGUUGGUCAACCCCGGGCCCAGCGCCUGAAACCGCUUCGCUCCGCCGCUGCACGUCUCCACCCCGCCCGAGGCCGUCGCUCCUUCCUCGCGCAGCCAUGGCCUCAGGUGCCACUCCCGCGGCCGUGAAGAUUGGAAUAAUUGGUGGGACAGGCCUGGAUGAUCCAGAAAUCUUAGAAGGAAGAACCGAAAAAUAUGUGGACACUCCAUUUGGCAAGCCUUCUGAUGCCUUAAUUUUGGGGAAGAUAAAGAAUGUUGAUUGCGUCCUCCUUGCAAGGCAUGGGAGGCAGCAUACCAUCAUGCCUUCGAAAGUCAACUAUCAGGCGAACAUCUGGGCUCUGAAGGAGGAGGGCUGUACACAUGUCAUAGUGACCACAGCUUGCGGUUCCUUGAAGGAAGAGAUUCAGCCUGGCGAUAUCGUCAUUAUUGAUCAGUUCAUUGACAGGACUACCAGAAGGCUUCAGACCUUCUACGACGGAAAUCAUUCCUGUGCCAGAGGAGUGUGUCAUAUUCCAAUGGCUGAGCCGUUCUGCCCUAAAACAAGAGAGGUCCUCAUAGAGACCGCUAAGAAGCUAGGACUCCGGUGCCACUCAAAAGGGACAAUGAUCACAAUUGAGGGACCUCGUUUUAGCUCCCGGGCAGAAAGUGUCAUGUUCCAAACCUGGGGUGCGGAUGUUAUCAACAUGACCACAGUUCCAGAGGUGAUUCUUGCUAAGGAGGCUGGAAUUUGCUACGCAAGUAUCGCCAUGGCAACAGAUUAUGAUUGCUGGAAGGAGCAUGAGGAAGUAGUUUCUGUGGACCGGGUCUUAAAGACCCUGAAAGAAAAUGCCAAUAAAGCCAAAAGUUUACUUCUCACUACCAUACCUCAGAUAGGAUCCACGGAAUGGUCAGAAACCCUCCAUAACAUUAGGAAAAUGGCCCAGUUUUCUGUUAUGUUACCAAGACAUUAAAAUAGCAUGGCUGCCCAGAAGACAAGGUAACCCUCUAACUCCAAUCAUUUGGGGAAUUCCUGCUUGAGAAAACACAGAAGAGAUAUGCAGCUUCUGUGCCCUUGCCCCCUAAGGAAGAACAAGUGAUAAGACAAGACAUUGCUCACAUCAGAGAUGCCUUCUAAAAGACUUGGACUGCUUCAAAUAACAGAAGGAAAGCAAAUAACCAGAAAACGUGGGGAAAUAUUUACACAUUAGAAAAAAAGAAGACACCUUUCACCAUUCCCCCAAAUUUGUAACAGUAAAGGUAAGCAGUAACAUUCCUAUGUUGCCAAGGAAUGUGAAGAAAUAGCUCUUAGACUAUUUAUUGAUGUGACUGUGAAUUGGUAUAAUCUUUUUGGAGGGCAUUUUGGUAAAAUGUAUCACAAAGCUUAAAAAAUACCCUUUGUGCUGGUUACUUUACUCCUAGGAAUUUAUCUUUAAGAAAUUAUCAGAGAUACAUACAAAUAAUUAUGUAUAAAGAAGGAUGUAGAACAUAGUUUUAAUAGCAGAUAUUCAAAACAAUCUGAAUAUCCAACAACUGGAGGUAAUCAUGGUUAAGCUCUAAUUAGAUUGUGAAGCAGCCAACUGAACACCAUGGUUUCACAUAAUAUUUAACGUACUAAGGAAAUUGUUGCUGUAUAAUAUGAAAUGGGGAUAUAGAAGCAUUUUACAGUACUAAUUUUGUUUUAAAUAUUUACAAAGAAUAGAAAGAUAUAUACUCUUUUGUUAUUAUAUUUGGGGGGAGGGAUAUUGGAUAAAUUUUUAAUUUUCUUUAUAUUUUUCCAUAUCUUCACAUUUUUCUACAAUGAAUAUAAUCAAAUAGUGAAGUUUUAAAAAUAAAAAUGGGGGCUUCCCUGGUGGCGCAGUGGUUGAGAGUCUGCCUGCCGAUGCAGGGGACACAGGUUUGUGCCCCGGUCCGGGAAGAUCCCACAUGCCGCAGAGCGGCUGGGCCCGUGAGCCAUGGCCGCUGAGCCUGCGCGUCCGGAGCCUGUGCUCUGCAGUGGGAGAGGCCACAACAGUGAGAGGCCCACGUACCGCAAAAAAAAUAAAUAAAUAAAUAAAAUAAAAACUAAAAAAAAUAAAAUAAAAAUGGGCUUAGAAAAACCCAGUUCUUGAAAACACACUGUUUCUGGUAAUGCAGCAAAAGUUAAAAUGGCAAUACUAAGAGGAGUUCUGUUUGAGUUCAAUCUUUAUUUUUGUUAACAAAGAUAAUUAAUGACUGUAUAGUCAGAACAAUACUUGGGUUUGCAACAAUGUGAGAAAAGCUGGGUGUUUAAUAUGGAGCUAAUCUUAAAUUAUUUAAGAGACUGUAUACACACAUUAUAGUGUGUCAGAUAUUCUUUAAAUUGACAUUUGAUUUUUUGUUUCUACUCCUUUUUAUGAUUUGAUGAAUUAUUUUCCAUGAGUUGGUGAUUUUUGUUUUUUAAUAAAGAAAAUGGA